CUGACAAAGCGCAUUGCGCAAAGCAGCGGAGUCGUGUGUGCAUGAUACACGGUUAAACAUGUUAAAAAGUUUUCCUGAAAUUUUAGUUUUAUGUUACAUUCGGUGCCCAAAUUGUUGUAUAAGAACUGAUAUAAUAAACUUUUCUCCUUCUUGAUUAAGUGAGAAAUAUAGUUAAAUAAAAAAUAGUGAAUAUAUUUUUUGUUUGUGUAAGUCAGCUACGUUCCAAAAUCAAGAUGCCAAAAGGAAAGAAAAAGGGUAAAUACGAACAUAAAAGAACGGAGCAAGCAUACUCUUCAGAUGAAGAUGCUGGUAUAGAUAUGACUAUAGACAACUGCUCGGAGAUAUCAGGCCAGUCUGACUUGAAGAGCAACCAUGAAGAUGCAGAAAACGAUGUCCAAGAGAAACUAGAGGAGAAGGUGCUGGAGUUGAUUGAGGCGUUGAAUGCCCGCGCGAAUGCGGCUCGCGCGGCUGCGCUGGUGUCACUACAGGGUGCUCUGCAGCGUCGCUACCUGGCAGGCUUGCUGGCCAACCACCGAGCCACGCUCGCUGACCACAUCGCGCGUAUGCUGCGCCGCGGCAGAGAUGGCGAGCGUAGAGCCGCUGCCAAUGUCGCACCAUUACUAGCUCUGCAGAUAGGUGAUGAGGGUACAGAAGAGUUUAUGAAGGAGGUGCGACCCGCACUGUUUGCCGCUUGCACAGACAAAUCCGCUUCGCUUGAAACUAGGACUGAUUGCUGCUCAUCUCUGGCUGUGCUGUGCUACUUGCUGGAGGAUGACCUCACGGAGAUCAUAGAGAUCCUGCGCAUGUACGAGACCAUAUUCAGUGGCAGCUAUCUUAAAGGUGACAGCAGCGUGAAGGUGUCGGGAGCAGCAGUGGAGGAGGGCGUGUGGCACGCGGCGGCGCUGGACGGGUGGGCGCUGCUGUUCUCUCUGGCGGAGGCCGCACACGCCGCCGCCAUACUGCGCUCGCACCCGCCCUCGCCCGCGCGUCUGCUGCAGCUGCUGGAGGCUUGCAAUCUAGAGGUCCGCAUGGCGGCGGGCGGGGCUCUGGCGGUGGCUCACGAGCGGUCCGCAGAAGACGAGGUGUGGUCCGGGAGCGAGGAGCCGCUGCUGGCUCGUCUCACUCAGCUCGCACGAGACCCGCACAAGUACCGCGCCAAGCGAGACCGCAAGCUGCAGCGCGCCACCUUCAGAGAUAUACUCAAGUACUUUGAGGAGGAUGAAGUGCCCGAGUUGUCAGUGCGUGUGGGAAGUGAGUCUGUUGUGUGCGAGAGGUGGGGGUCGCGCGCCGCAUACGCCGCGCUGGCUGGCGCGCUGGGCGGCGGCCUGCGGGCGCUGGCCCCGCACUGUGCGCCGCUGAGACACGCCCUCGCACUACCUGCAGCACCACCACUCGCACCACCACCCACUAGACAGGACAAACUGCAACGGCAUUUACAGAACAAUGCAGCGUGCAAGGCGCGGACACUCGCCCGCAACAAGAGUCGCGACAAGCGCUCCGCAGCACUCUCAUUGUAGACAUACAGACAUACAGACACACAUACUUAGUGCGGGCGGUUCAAUAUUAGUUAUAUAAAAUAUGUACAUAUAUAAAAAAAAGUUAAAACGAAAUUUCCAAGAAAAUUAUAAAUGACAUACAAAAUUAUGCAAAAAAAGGGAAACUAGGAUAAAAUAAGGUUUUAUUUUGAAAUGGUACUUGGUAUUGGUACAUGAUUGGUACUUCUUGGUACUAGAACCAAAGAUGAAAGGUGAGUUUAAGAUAUACAGCUGAUAGUUAUGGUAUAUUUUAAUUUAUGGUUAAUUAAAAAAAAGAACCGCCCGUUUCUGUUUUGACUUUUUCUAUUUGUCUGAGAACAUCUUACACAUAUCUCAUAUAUUUAUGUGAAAUAUAUAUUUAAAGAUAUCAGACUAUGUAAUAUUGUCAUAUUUUAAAUCAAAUA